CGCUGCGUGUCCCAGCUGUUCAGCCUUCAGUCACAACCUGCAGCAGCUCUGUCUGUCCUCCAGAGGCGAUGCUGGAGUUUGGAGAGGCGAGCUGUCCGACCGCGCUAAACUCAGCUGUCAUGCCGUGCACGGACUGAAAGAUAGGAACCAAAUCUAGAACAUUCAGAACUGAACUGCUUCUCCUCGAUAAGAUGGAGCACUGGAGGCAGUGUGCGAUGUGGCUGAUCGGCUGCAACGUGCUGCCCGUGAACCACCGAGUGACUGCGGAAACGGCGCAGGUGUUCGACCUGGCGCAAACCCUGCGGGACGGGGUGCUGCUGUGCCAGCUGCUCAACAACCUAAAACCUCAAACCAUCAACCUGAAGGAGAUCAACCUCCGGCCUCAGAUGUCACAGUUCCUGUGCUUGAAGAACAUCCGCACCUUCCUGACGUCUUGCUGUAACGUGUUCGGGAUGAAGAAAAGUGACUUAUUCGAAGACUUUGAUCUUUUUGACGUCCGUGACUUCGGAAAGGUUAUGGACACCCUAUCUAAGCUGUCAUACACAUUAAUUGCACAGCAAGGAGGAUUCAAGCCGUUCCCGACAGAGGAAAGCCUAAAAGACGAGGACAUUUACAAUAAUCUGGAAGACUUGAUUGAUGAAAAUGCCCUGGAGGACGAGGAUGACUUGUACGCAGCUGUUUACGGGGUAGAGGAAGACUAUGCAGGUGGAGAAAUCUAUGAAGACCUCAUGAGGACUGGGCAGCAUCCCUCUUUGAAGCAGGCAGAGGUAGAUGUCCGAAGCUGCUGCCUUUCAGAAAUCAAACAAACAGAGGAGAAAUACACAGAGACUCUGGAGUCCAUAGAGAAGUAUUUCCUGAAUCCUCUGAAGAGAUUUUUCUCUGCAGCUGAAAUCGACAGAGUCUUUGUCAACAUCCCAGACCUGGUUAAAGUUCACAAGAGCCUGAUGGUUGACGUUCAGGACUCCAUCUUAAACAAAAAUGCCUUAAAUCUCCACCAAAUAUUCAUCAGCUACAAAGACAGACUGCUCAUUUAUGGGAUAUACUGCAGCCAGGUGGAGCUCGCCAUCGCUGUUUUAGACAUCAUUUGCAAAGAGAAAGAGGAUGUUCGACUAAAGCUGGAGGAGUGCUCAAAGAGAGCCAACAAUGGAAAGUUUACACUGAGAGACCUGCUGGUUGUCCCAAUGCAACGAGUGCUGAAGUACCAUCUACUUCUACAGGAGUUAGUCAAACACACUCACGAUGCUGCUGACAAAACCAACUUGAAGAUUGCUCUUGAUGCCAUGAAAGACCUGGCUCAGUACGUCAACGAGGUGAAGAGAGAUAAUGAGACGCUAAGGGAGAUCGACCAGUACCAGAGGUCUAUUGAAAACCUGAAUCAGCCUCUUAUCACCUUUGGACGGCCCAAAGGAGACGGAGAAGUGCGCAUGGUUUCCAGUGUUGACAAGAGGAAACAGGACAGACAUAUCUUUUUAUUUGAUGUGGCUGUCAUCGUCUGCAAGAGACGAGGAGACAACUAUGAGAUGAAGGACAUACUCGACCUCAACUUCUUCAAGAUCACCAACAACCCCACAUCAGACAGAGAGUGCAAAAAGUGGUGCUACGGGUUCUACGUGACACACCAGCAGGGGCACACAGGUUUCGAGCUCUUCUUUAAGACCAGAGAGCUGAAGAAGAAGUGGCUGGAUCAGUUUGAAAUGGCCAUAUCAAAUAUCCGACCGGAGAAAGCCGACCACAACUCCCACCAGUUCAAGAUGCACACCUUUGAAAGGAUCACGUCCUGUAGUUACUGUCACCUCUUACUCAGGGGCAUCUUUAACCAGGGUUAUCUCUGUCUGAAAUGCGGGCUGGGGGCUCAUAAGGAGUGUCUGGGUCGACUGGGACUCUGUGGGAGAACAGAUCCUGCCAAGCCGAAGCCGAAGGAAAGUACAGCACCAGCAGACCCAGGUCUCCCCAGGAUGGUUGUGAUCAGAGACUACGACGGCGUCCCCUGUCCCCACUGCGGGCCCCCACUAAGCAUUCAUGCGGGGGACGUCAUUGAACUGAUGUUUGCCGACCUGCACAGCUCCUGGUGGCAGGGCAGAAUUCUGGCAACAAGCAAGAUUGGCUUCUUUCCAAGUGAUGCUGUGAGGCCCUGCCCAUGUGUUCCAAAACCUGUUGAUUACUCCGCCCAGCUCUGGUUUGCAGGGCCCAUGGAGAGGUACCAGGCCGAGGUGGCGCUCCUGGACCGAGGAAACAGCACCUAUCUGGUUCGACACAGGAGUAGAGAGUGCACCGAGUAUGCCAUCAGUAUAAAGUUCAAUGAAAAAGUCAAGCACAUUAAGAUUCUGACCAAGGAUGGCUGCUUUUACAUCGCUGAGAGCCGCCUGUUCAAGACUGUGCUGGACUUAGUGGACUACUACAAGGAGCAUUCUCUGAAGGAGGGCUUCAGCAGUCUUGACACCACUCUGCAGGUCCCCUAUAGGGAACUUUCCAAUGGAAACGUGCCCAGGGCCAUUACCAAGGCUGGCAGUGUUCCUCCUGGCGGCUGCAGCUUUGUUCCUCCCACCUCCUCGCCUUUUUGGUCAGUGUUUUCCCCCAGGGUGGUGGGUAUUGCAGUAGCACGCUAUGACUUCUGCUCCAGAGACACACGAGAGCUCUCCCUGCUGCAGGGAGACAUCAUCAAGAUCUACACCAAGAUAUCCAACGGGUGGUGGAAGGGAGAGGUCGACGGCAGGGUGGGCUGGUUUCCCUCUAACUAUGUGGAAGAGGAGGACUGACCUUGCUGGAUUAAGUAUCCAUUCAACACUGACCACCUCCAGUGAGCACUUUUCAGCUCAGCCACUCUCUGUGCCCUGCAAGUCAGAUCUCUUUGAUAAAACCCAGAGACUUGGACUGAAGAGGGAAGCGACAGUGCCCUCAGAAACCUUCUCCUGACCUCUGACGGACUCCUCACACCGAGCAGACGUCAAAUCACAGAUUCCAGGAGCGUCGCGCCAUAUCUUGCCUUUCUGCCGCCCCGUCUGCCCCCGCGGCCAACUGGGAAGUGCAUGUGCUUUGCCCAGAUAACCCUUCCCCCCCCCCCCCCCACACACACACAUACCUCCCCUCUCUCCCUUCUUUCUCACCUUGUCUCAUUAUUGAUGACUCCAUUGGAUGGUGUGAGACUCGCCUUCACUGUCAUCAUGUUUUGAUACCAGGAAAGCUCAGUCACCCAACUGGAACACAGAUCCUGCUGACAGGUUCAGUACAGGUACUCAACCAAGGUGAAACGCAGGAGCUGAGGAGAUUUAACUUUAGUUGGAACACUUCAGCGUCAGACUUUUUGUGUUCAACUUUCUAAGACCCAAUUUAUUUUUUGCUUUUAAGGAAGACUUGACUGAGAUUAUAUUUAAAUGCCAAUCACCACAAAAGGAUUUCACACCGUCAAGAGAGGCAAAUGAAGAUGUCAGAACCCUAUCCUGAAGGACUCAUCUGUAAUUCACACGUAAUGUGUGCACAGUCUUAAUGACGUUAAGUCCUUUGGAACCUCCAAAUGAUUCAAAUCCUGAAAGGAAAACACCUCUUCGUAAUGUCGCUGAUCCUGAAAGCCACUGCUUAUAAAGUUGUCUCUGAGCUUUUA